AUUUACGAGGCGCGGAUUAUUAUAUAUUCAUUCGGUGAUGAGAAGCAGUUCGAUAUCGACGUCGAGUGUAAAGAAAGAUGCGCCCUCUGUAUAACCUGCCGACUUUAUUAUUAGGCUUAUUCGUUGGAGUAUCGUGUCGUGGGAUAACGACCCGGGAAGUUGGGAGGCAAUUGUUUUUGAGUCGGAGGGUGGUCACUGAGGCUGCUGAAUUUGAUGGUGGUGUACUCGUUGGUAGCAAUGGUGUCAUUGAAAGUGUUCUUACGAGGGAAUCGAUAGAUGCUCUUCUACGAAACGGUGACUCAAGUCUACAGGUGUUCGAUGGAGGCAACCUGGCGCUGAUGGCUGGUGCCGUAGACUCUCACGUGCACGUGAACGAGCCGGGCCGCACCUCAUGGGAGGGCUUCGUGACGGCCACCAGAGCGGCCGCGGUCGGAGGGUUCACCACCAUCGUAGACAUGCCACUAAACUCAAUACCACCUACGACAACUCUGGAAAAUUUGAAGAUCAAAGCAGCAGCAGCCAAGGAGGAGGUGUUUGUGGACGUGGCGUUUUGGGGAGGAGCAGUUCCUGGUAAUGAAAAAGAAUAUCCGCGGAUGAUUGAAGCAGGUGUUGUCGGGUUCAAGGGCUACCUCAUAGACAGUGGAGUACCGGAGUUCCCGCACCUGGAGGUGGAAGAUAUCGGACCUGUGUUCUCAGCAUUGGAUGGAGCUGCUGUCGUUCUAGCUUUUCACGCUGAAUUAAAUGACUCCCGCAUUACAACUGAUUGUGACAAUGAAUAUUGUACAGAUCCGUAUCUGUACAACACUUAUCUCGCAACUCGACCAGAGGCACUGGAGCUAGACGCAGUGAGUUUGCUGGUCGAAUACAUCGAGGCUUAUGAUGUCCACGUCCACAUAGUGCAUGUGUCCGCUGAAGGUGUAAUACCUAUACUGGAGGAAGCCAGGCAGAAGCGAUUGAUGAAAGGAAACAGCAGAUGGCGUGGCGGGGUGACUGCGGAGACCUGCCACCACUACCUCACCCUCAGCUCGGAGCAGAUCCCUCCUGGACACACGGAGUACAAGUGCUCGCCGCCCAUAAGGAAUAUUACAAAUAAGGAGAAAUUAUGGCAGUACAUCGAAGAGCGAAGAUUUGAUUUAAUCACGUCUGACCAUUCCCCAUCGGUUGCCAGUCUGAAGGGACCCAAUUUCCUGACGGCCUGGGGUGGAGUGUCUUCGGUUCAAUUUGGUGUGUCCUUAUUUUGGACAGAAGCGAAGGCUAGAGGAUAUAGUCUAUCUACACUGUCUCAUUUCCUGUCCGCUGGCCCGGCAAAGCUGACAGGACUACAGAGGAAAGGUUUCUUAAGACCUGGAUAUGACGCCGACCUAAUUUAUUUUGAUCCAGACGCAUCAUUUGUUGUCACACCUGAAAUUAUUAUGUACAAAAAUAAGAUAAGCCCUUACAUGAACAGAGUGUUGCAAGGACAGGUAGUUUACACGUUCUUGAGAGGUCAGCUGGUCGCGUCCAGUGGUGAAGUCUUCGAAGGUCCACUAGGAGAACUAUUGCUUAGUCCAGCUGUAUUGUUUAACUGAAUGUUAUUUACUGUUCUUAAAUUUUUAUGAUGUUGUUUUAUUUAUUGUUGAUAAAUAUUACGUGUAUAAUACAGGAUGUUAAAAAAAAACCUGUACUAGAUCUUGAGGCGUAGGUACGUAUAUCAAGUAGUGAGAAUAUAUAAAUAUUGAUAUUCAGGAAAUAAGCACAUUAAAAGAAAGUAAAAAAAAAGAAUAAUUAACGUACCCGAUUAUAAAAGUUUUGAUACCUCUGCCUGCAGCCAUUUUAUUUUAUUUUUCCCCGCCCACACACCCAUUUCAUUCAUGUACCCUGCGAAAGGCGCGCGGGCGGCGCGGCGGUCGGUCGGCGGCAAAACGAAAGAUAUGUAUAAAUAAGAAACAUCGCCCGCCUUAUUCAUUUGAGCCGCCACGCCGCGCAGCUGAUGCUAGUAAUACGCCAUUGGACCGCCAGGGCGAUGACUUUAGUUGAUGACUCAAGAUUUAUGAAAACAUUUAUUAUGGCAUGUUCUUUUUAUAAUUUUAAUUUAGUAUUUAAUAUAAGGGGUUCUGAUUUUUUAAUUUUAAUUUUUAGUAGUCUCUCCGUAUUCAACUUUAUAGCUGUGUCAAUUAUCGUACAGGGUUUUUUAACAUAGUUUAUAUCAAACUAUGUUAUAUAAUAUAUGUAUACUAAACUACAUUUGUUGCAACUAUUUUGAUUAAAAUUUUCAAGUUUAUAAAAAUUUAUUUUUUAAAA